UAUCUUCAAUGAUAGCAUAAAGAAGAUAAUGAGUUGGAUUAGGAAGGUGAAACCUCUGUUUUGAUUGGACAGCAGGUAAAGCCUACGCAACAGGUUGUACAGUAGGCCUACACUUGAAGUGAAGAGGGCGGGGACCAUUCAAAGACAGGCGUCGUGUGUUAGAGUACACCUCGUACGAGCACACCGUUGCUCCUCAUUUGCUAGCAUGUUUUUAAAGUAUGGGCGAUGGGAUUUGCGAUAACAUGAAUGCCGCUGUCCUACUGCAGAAAGUGCUUUUUGUGGUUGUUUUAAAGCAAGCAAUGUACAGUGCACUGAGUCUUCGCGUCCAAGAAGAACAGCAGGAAGGCGUCCACAUUGGCACGAUUGGCAGAGAUUAUCCGGGCCCAUACCGGCUGCUUGAUCAAGACUACAUACAUCUACAUGAAAGCACGGGGGACCUGUAUACUACCAAACAGAUUAUCGAUAGAGAGAUUGUGUGCCCUCCUCAGCAAGAUGGUGAUUGCACCAUCACUCUAUAUGCUGUUGUUGGCCCGCAGAACAUCACAGAAGUCAUAGAGAUCGUGCUGAUUGUAGAGGACAUCAAUGAUAAUGCCCCCCUCUUCCCUGAGAGUGUUAUAUGCUUCAGUGUGGCAGAGGAUGAAAGUGUCGGGGCAAGUUUCAUCUUGGAUGGUGAAGCUCACGAUGUGGAUUCUGACAUCAACGGGCAGAUUAGCUACCAUUUGCAAAAUUACAGUGAAUUCUUUGCAGUGAUAGAGAGGGGACCCGCGCUUGUGCUUGUUUUACGAAGGGAACUGGACCGUGAAAUUCAGGAUAACCAUCAAAUGACUCUCGUUGCUGUAGACCAUGGUUUGAGACCACUCAGUGGCACUGCCACACUGAUGGUUACUGUGACUGAUGUCAAUGAUAAUUGCCCAGAGUUUGAUCCAGACAGUCCCUAUUCAGCCACCAUCAGUGGAAACACAUCCAAGGGCUCUGUCAUUGCCCAGGUGAAGGCCACAGACAGAGACGUUGGCCACAAUGCCGCUGUAGACUAUUCUUUUAGCUGGAAGAACUCAGAUAAGGCAAUGGCCUUGUUCCAGCUGGACAGACACAGUGGACUGAUCACCCUAGCUGAUGAUGUUCGCGCCGACAGCCCGGACGAGUUUGUGCUGAACGUCCUCGCGAGCGACCCACUCUGCUCCCCCCGCUCCCCCCCUGCGACCUCUGAGGUAACCGUAUCCGUGACGCCGGUGACAGGGCCCGAGCCGGUGAUCAAGAUCAGGUUCAUAGCGGAGCAUGAAAACCAAACGAUACUGUUACAGGAGAACACGCCGCCGGCAGCCCUGGCCCUUUUAGAGCUGGAAGACGGCGUCGGCGGCUGCGCACUCUCUAUAGAGGGAGACGUGCCAUUUUCCCUAAAACCACAAACUCAGAAUGGUAACUAUCUCCUUUCAUCAUCAAAGCCAUUAGACUUUGAAAUGCUCUCAGAAUACCAUGUUUCUGUUGUCAUCACAAACGCCCAGGGCAAGCGCCUGUAUUAUAAGAAAGAGAUCAAAGUACUGCUGGUUGAUGUGAAUGAUAAUGCCCCGCGGUUCAAUCAAACACACUAUCAGAUAGUUCUGGAGGAGAACAAUAAGCCAGGGGCAGGCAUUCUUCAGGUCAGGGCGUUUGAUCCAGACAGUCAGCACAAUGGAAGAGUAUUUUACAGACUGAGCAGGAACACUUCCCCAAUCUUCCACGUUGACCGCGUGACAGGCGAGCUGUCGGUGUCGGCCUCUCUCGACCGAGAGCAGCAGGAGUCUUACACUCUGACUGUGCUGGCCCGAGACAGUGGCAUCCCACCGCUGGAGACCUCUGCGUCUGUGUCUGUGCACGUGCUGGACCAGAAUGACAACGUGCCGUCCUUCCUCACGCCUCACUUCAUCUUCUUCGUGCCGGAGAACAUCCCUCGCUUGGCGCCGGUGGGAAAGAUCGGGGUGACGGACACAGACAAAGGGGACAACGGGGAGGUGGAGGUGCGCGUGUUUAACGGCACCGGGCCUUUUGUCAUGGACAACGUCCAGGGGACGCUGCGCUGCACGGAGGAACUGGACCGGGAAGAGCGGGACAGGUACGAGUUCUUCCUGGUGGCGCUGGACCGGGGCAGCCCCUCGCUGUCCUCCAGCGCCAGGGUCACGAUCUUCGUAGAGGACAUGAACGACAACCAGCCUCAGGUGAUCUUGCCCAGCAGCAACCUCACCUGCCUCACCGUGUCACCGUCCACCCCGGCUGGCUCAAUGGUCACCCGGAUCUACGCCAUGGACACGGACUCGGGGAUCAACUCGGACAUCACCUACCACCUCGUCGGCAGUGAGCCGGCACAGAAUUGCCCAUUCCAGAUCGACCCGCACUCGGGCAAUGUUUCGCUCGCCCAGCAUCUGAUGGGCCAGGACUAUGGGAUGCACCACCUCUUCAUUGUGGUGAGCGACGGGGGAAAGCCAAUCCCUCUUCAGACCACAGUGUGGGUUAACUUGCUGGUCAACGAGACGCUGGCGCCGUGUCGCCUAGACAGUGUUCCAAAGAGCUUGCCAAGUAGACUCCCACGUCCCACGAUGCCAAAUCAGUGUGAGACCAGUGAGCAGUAUGGUCAAAAUCCCAAGUUGAUACUACUCAUUGGCUUAGGCAUGGUCGUUUUAUCUCUGUGUCUCUUAUCGAUUGCCGUGGGGCUGUUUGUAAAGCAGAGAAACAUGAGGCAUAUAAAUGUAAAUGUAAAGGCCUGUGAAAUUAUCCCUCUGAGGGACAAACAUAGCUCUGAUCACUGGGAAAAAGACUGACUCAUGUAUUUACAGAUCGUUUACAUGUUCGGUUCAGCAGAGAACAUAUUUUUUUAUCUAUACAAAUCUGUAUCUUAAAAUUAAAAGUAUGUAAAUGUUUACAUUGCCACGUUUGUUUACAUAGAGAUAUGCGUAGA